AUGGAGAAAAACAGCUGGGGUGCAAAACAAGAGGAAGAAAAGGAGAAAGGAGGAGCGAAAUCAAAGACAGGAGUCCUCAAAGUGAAAAGAGACCAAGAGCGGUAUCAAGAGGAGGCUGAAGGAUCAGAGACAGCAGGUCAUGAUGAACCUGACGCUUUCACGCUUCGCAGCCAAUCAGAAGAUGAGUUUCAAGCAUGCCACUGGGCCCUGCUGGGUCUAUUGGUGAUGAAGUUCACCUGCUAG